AUGCGCAGUCCCCACAACUCCUGCAAGCUGCGAGGCGGGGUGGCGGGGGCCGGGAGGGCCCAGGAGCUCUGCACUGCAGCCACCUGCGCCGCGGCCCGGGCCGAGGGCGCGCUCCCAGGCGCCCAGGACUCGGCCGACUGCCGGCUGCGGGAGGCGGCAGGAGGCGGCGGGGUCGGCGGGGCAUCGGACCCGGCGGGUGAGCCCGCGAGAGGUGAGCAAGGAGUUAAGCCGGGCCGGAGGCAGAGCGCCUGUCAGACGCGAGCAUGUGCAGUUUGCACCGCAUCCGUACUAUGGGUGAGUGCCGCCGCCGCCGCCGCCACCGGGGGCUCGGAUCGGCCGGGCAGCGGCGGCUGCAGCCCCUGGCCCCCUCGCCGCCGUAGCGGGCGAAUGCGGGCCCAGGCGCGGCGCCGGAGGGCGGGCGGUGUGGGGGAGGCACGGCCGGCAACUCGGCGCGGGGGGAGCCCGGACGCCGGGCGUGGGGGCGGGGAGCAGGCGGCGCAGGAGAGCACCCUGAGUCCCCGCGCCGGAGGAGGAGCGGGAGCAAGCCGGGGAGACGGCGCUCCUGGCCGCACCUGCACCCGGCGGGCGGCCGGCCCUGCCCCGCCCCGCUCCUGCUCGCGGCUCCGGCCCGCACCGGUAGGUGCCCCCGAUACCCGCAGAGAGGCCUUUCCGCCACCCGGAGAGGUGGCCGCGCGGGGCGGGCAGCGCCGAGCGCGGGGUCGCGGGCGAUGGUGCGGUGGUGGGGAAGACCGGGCGACCGGGCCGGGGGUGCUGCCGGAUCCCGCUUCCUCUUUGCUUUCGGUUUCAAAGCGGCUGCCCCGGCUCGAGAGCGAGCCGAAGAUUAGAUGGCAAGUUAACUCUGAGGUUUUCUACCACUUUGAGGUGUUUGUGGAAGAAGAAUGA